AGCUGAUAUUUCCCACAGGGCAUGAGAGGAGAGGGUGAGGUAAGUAGUCGGAGAGAAGAGAGAAAGAGGCAGGGAGAUUAAGGCGAGGGUAGAUUGAGAUUAAGACCUAAGAGACAUAAUCAAGAACUGAGCCAAAAAGCAGAGAGGAGAACAGAAGCAUCAAAGAACAAUCCGUUGUGUGGGACUCUUCCUCUGGUUAAGUAAUUCCACCUCUUCUCUGUCUCUCUCUCUCUUUUUAACAGCUUCUGUUGGACGCAGCAGCACUAAGACAUUUAGAUUAGAGUUUCAGUAUCACAACUGCAGCCCCUCCCCUCCCCUCUCUCUUCCCCCUCCCCUCUCCUCUCCCUUUCGUCUGAGCGACUUGGAGGGCAGGACUGAGCCGGGUGAUAGACAGUAGUACCCAGCUGCAUGGUGUCCUGGGUCUGUUCGAGACCCCGGGAUCCACAGGAGGAGAAAAGGAGGGGUUUCAGUGGAGUGUGGCGCGGAGCGGCGGCGGCGGCAGCAACAGGAGCCCUCCACACGGCGAAGCACAGAAAAGCCAUUGGAUGCCUUGGGUGUCGCUUAAGACCUACAGAGUGACACUGACAGAGCACUGUCAUCAGGGGGAUUUGAGCUGUGUGGGAAUGUGUGUGUGUGUGAGAGUGUGUGUGUGUGUGUGUGAGUGUGUGAGUGCGUGAGGUGCAAGAGGGACGCCUUUGGACAGAGGUCCCCAUAGGACCUCAGCUAGACAAGAGACUGGAGUAAUGUUUUAAAAGAGUAGUGAGCAGCAGUUUUUACCUGUUGGGUUAAAAGCUGAAUAUUCAUUAUCACUCACAAAGGCAUCGGGGAACUGAAAGACCGUAACUGCACUUCUCAAAGAGGGAGUAACGCUCACCAAAAGUGGAUCAAGGUGGCAGUGAAAAGAUGCCCACCACCAAAAUCAAAAAGCUUCCUUUGAACUGUGACCCCGAGAGUUGGAGGAUGAUAGACGCAAGUUGAGCCCGGAGAAGAAGAAUUGGAAAAACACUGCACACAAUUGUUUUUUUCCACCCCUGGACCCUUUUUGACUCCAGACUUGAGCAUUAGAGUUGUUAUCCACUCGGGAAUAUGAGUCCAUCUCCGGAGUGAAAAGCUUCUCACGCGGGGAGCCUGUGACAAUCUGCGAGUUUGAGAGGAAUCUGUGGUGUCUUUGCUGCCGGUGCCGUCAGGAACUCCGAGUUCUCUCUCUCUUUUCACGGAUUAUUCAUCCACUCGGCGGGGGGAUCUUAUUGCUGGAAAUGCCAGAGGCAAGUUAAUUCGUAGGAGCUUAAAUUUGGGCCUGUAAUUAACAAUUACACAUCCGCUCUGAGCCAUCACAAGACACUGGAUUAAGUUCAAGAUGGCCGCCUCCGUGCAUCCGCUCCUGAUAAGCCUGGCGCUGGCCGUCCUCCUGGGCUUGACGUCUCUGGGUGGACUGAGCUCCCGGCCGUCGGGUCAGGCCAUGGCCCAGCUUUUCACCAACAACCAGACAGAGCCCUCUACGGUGCCAGAGGCCGCCCUGGCUACGCCCACACCAGACACUGAGGACCAAACGCUUCCAACCAGCGGUAACCGAUGCUGGGGUUAUUACGACGUCAUGGGCCAGUGGGACCCGCCGUUCAACUGCAACGCAGGUAUCUACUUGUUCUGCUGUGGCUCCUGCUUCUACCGCUUCUGCUGCCAGUUCAAAAUUCACAGUUUGGACCAGACGUCCUGCUCCAACUAUGACACGCCAGUGUGGGCAAACACCGGGAAGCCAGCGGCGCCCGUCACGGAGGUCCACGAGGAACCCGACCGGGACCGGACACACAUGAUCGUGUAUAUUAUCUGUGGAGUGGUGGCCAUCAUGGUGUUGGUCGGUAUUUUCACUAAACUCGGCCUGGAGAAAAGUCAGGGAGGACAGACGGACAUGACCAACUCCAGGACUCUGACCGAGCUUAUGAAGCAGCCAGGGGAGGCAGGAGUAGUGGACGGACCCGGGGUUCAUCAUCCCAUCGGCACCAACGGCAUCUCGGCCAGAGCUCUGCGCUCCAACAAUGAGCAUAACCAUUUGAAUAAUGCAGCCUUGCCUCCCCUGGGUCCAGCCAUGGCCUUGUCCCACCCUCACAACAACCUGGGGAUCGGCUUCAACAAGUACACCUCGCUCAAGGCAGUGGACACGACCACGAGAGACUACUACAAGAGCUACCCGAUGGUAGACUACACCCACCGCCAAUCGCCGCCCACUUUCCAGCCAAUCAACUUCCAUCCCAAGGACAAGCCCUUCCUGCCGCCGCCCGACAUCCACGCGCCGCUGGCCAUCACCAUCAACACCACCCAGAUCCCCAAGCCCAAGAUCUCCAAGACCAACACCCACCCGCUCACCUCCAGCUCCGCCUUCAAAGUGUGGGACCCCAGCAAGAGCCAUGCCCCCCACCCGGUGGCCACCCACAUGGCCCUGCAGGGGCAGCAGCAUCACCCCGUCCAGCAGCAGCAGCAUCAGCCGCUGCACCAGCAGCAGCAGCAGCAUCAACAUCAGCCGCUGCACCAGCAGCAGCAUCAGCCGCUGCACCAGCAGCAGCAUCAGCAUCAACAUCAGCCGCUGCACCAGCAGCCGCAUCACCGUCGCCAGGCCUACUCCAACAAGAGGCAGUUCAGCAUCGAGACGCUGCCCGAGCUCUUCUCGCAGCCACUGGGCUACGGCCACUCGCCGCGCAUGCACCCCAAGCACAAGGGACUGCCCACCAACAGCAAGACGGAAGUCACUGUCUGAACAUGGGGGUGAAUGGGCGAACAGAAGAGAAGACAAAAAGAAAAACCACGCGGGGUUGUAAGGGAAAUGCUCAGAUAUCUUUUAUAUCCACAGCCUUAAUUGGCGAGACGAGGGCAAGAAAUAUCGUAUCUGGGAGUUUUUUAACUGUGCAUUUUCCUCAUCAUUGUUGACUAUACUAAUAAUAAUAAUAAUGUGAGUGAUAUCUGUGUACUUUUAAGACCGCCGGAUCAAAACGACCACAGCAGCAGAUGAGCUGUGAAGGUGGUGGGUAGACAGGUGCUGGCUGUGACUCUUUGAACCCGACGGCUCUCCUAAAUAAUUGAGUGGCCUCUCAGUGUGUUGGCACAGCUCUGUCCCCCAUCUCCUCUCAACCUACAGCCCCCUCCCCCCACCCCACGACUCAAUGACACCACACGAAAAUGUUCAAAUCCCACGCACAACGCAUAUUUACUCCACAAACUAAGCCACACUCCAAGGCUGUCGGCGAGGCCGGUGGGGGAGUGUUGCCCCCUCAGACUUUGGCUUCCAAUCAGCACAGACAAUGCCAUCGGGGGCAGCAAACGAGAUGAGAAUGAUCUGAACCAGCAUGCGCACACACACACACACACACACACACACACACACACACACACACACACACACACACACACACACACACACACACACACACACACACACACACACACACACACACACACACACACACACACACACACACACACACACACACACACACACACACACACACACACACACACACACUACUCACUCGUCAACGUAAAGGUUCCCAGCACUGCCACUGAGGCACAAACAGACACACACUCUUGUCCCCUUCUCUUGUCGUAGCUAAUUCCAUCCACCCUCCGUUGUGUUACUGCGGAUGUUUACCUCUGAAGAAACCCCAGGAUGUGUCAUGCUGCCCCCCCCC